CCGGUUUCCACGCUGCUCUCCGGUCCAGUCAUGUAGUCAUUAUGGCUCCUUUAAUCCCACAUCCUGUCUGUGUUUGUGUCCUCGCGGCUUUAACGCGCCCUUUCUCGUAGUUUUAUGAGUUUAUCGGCCGUUUUUUCACUCGGAAACUCUUCUUUUUACGCUUUUCUGACGCUCCGAGGAGUUCCGCGCGUCCGUCACCUCUCCACCGUUUAAAAUCCCUCCUCUGUCCGCUUCACCUGGACCGCUAAUCUCCACGGUCAAUCCCCCGUGUGGUCAUCCAUCAUCGUCGUGACUGUUUCCUGGCAGACUGGAAAGCUCCGGGGAAACGGCUCCUAUGAGUGCGCCUCCGCUGAUCCGUGCGCCCAGCCCGCUCCCGUUCUCAGGGGGGACAAACAGCACCGGCACCGGGGGAGGAGGAGGGGGAGGAGGAGGAGGUGGCGGUAAUGGAGGGGGAGGAGGUGGUAAUGGUGUGAUCUCCUUCCAAAUCCAGAUCGGUCUGAGCCGGGAGCCGGUGCUGUUGGACGCCGCAGAGCUCAACCUCAGUCAGGUCCGGGAGGUGGCGUGCUCCAUCGUGGACCAAAAGAUCCCAGAGUGUGUGUUCUACGGCAUGUAUGAGAAGAUCCUACUGUUUCGUCAUGACCAGACGUCGGAGAACGUGCUGCAGCUGCUCCGCUCGGCCUCUCAGAUCCAGGAGGGAGACCUGGUGGAGGCCGUGCUGUCAGCUUCAGCCACCGUGGAGGACUUUCAGAUCCGUCCACACUGUCUGUUUGUUCACUCGUACCGAGCGCCGGCCUUCUGCGACCACUGUGGCGAGAUGCUGUGGGGACUCGUGCGACAGGGACUCAAGUGUGAAGGCUGUGGUCUGAAUUAUCACAAGCGCUGUGCCUUUAAGAUCCCAAAUAACUGCAGCGGGGUGAGGAGGCGUCGCUCGUCCAACGUGUCCCUGACGGGGGGGCUCGUAAACAUGUGUCGCCCCCUCUCUGCUGAGCCCUCGCCGCCACACUACACUGACGACGCUUUACUGUCUCCGGUCAGUCCAAGUAUGGAGCAGAAAAACCAGUUGGAGUACUUCCCGGGGAGAGAGAGGCGCUCCAGCUCUCAGUCAUACGUUGGUCGUCCCAUCAAACUCGACAAGAUCCUACUGUCCAAGGUCAAAGUCCCGCACACGUUCCUGAUCCACUCGUACACCCGACCCACCGUCUGCCAGCACUGCAAGAAGCUGCUCAAAGGCCUCUUCAGACAGGGCCUGCAGUGCAAAGAUUGUAAAUUUAACUGUCACAAACGAUGUUCUCCAAAAGUGCCAAACAACUGUCUGGGAGAAGUUUCCAAAAAUGGAGAGCUCCUGAGCCCAGGGGCGGAGUCAGACGUCAUCAUGGUGGAGGGUUGCCUUGACGACAAUGACAUGGACAGAGGUGGCCUGCUGGACGACAUGGACGAAGCUCUGACAUCAGAGGGGGGUCUCAUGCUGGAUGCAGGGCCUAGCGACCUCUGCGACAUGCAUGACCCCGACCUGGACGAGUCCAACCGGGCCAUCAGCCCGUCCACCAGUAACAACAUCCCUCUCAUGCGAGUCGUUCAGUCCGUUAAACACACAAAGAGGAAGAGCAGCAAUGUGAUGAAGGAGGGUUGGAUGGUUCAUUACACCAGCAAGGACACUCUGAGGAAGAGACAUUACUGGAGGCUGGACAGUAAAUGCAUCACGCUGUUUCACAAUGAAACAGGAAGUAAAUACUAUAAGGAGAUCCCUCUGUCUGAGAUCUUGUCUCUGGAAGCCGCUCAGACUCUUUCUCUGCUUCCUGAGGGGGCCAAUCCUCACUGCUUCGAGAUCGCCACGGCAUCGCUGGUUUACUACGUCGGAGAGAAUCUGCAGAGAGCCGAAUCAUCUGUGAGCGGCAGCAACAUUCUGGUGAGCGGGGUGGGGCAGGAUGUGUCUCGGAUGUGGGAAAUGGCUAUCCAGCAUGCUCUGAUGCCAGCGGUCUCUACGGGAAUUUCCCACAAUCCCCACCGCGGAGGACACAAGGAAGUUUCCAUCAGUAUUUCUGUCUCCAACUGCCAGAUACAGGAGAAUGUGGAUAUCAACUCUGUGUAUCAGAUAUUCCCCGAUGAGGUUCUCGGCUCGGGGCAGUUUGGCAUCGUCUACGGAGGUAAACACAGGAAGUCUGGCAGAGACGUCGCCAUCAAGAUCAUCGACAAACUCCGCUUCCCAACCAAACAGGAGAGUCAGCUUCGUAACGAGGUGGCCAUCCUGCAGAGUUUGCACCACCCGGGCGUGGUUAACCUGGACUGCAUGUUUGAGACGCCGGAGCGAGUGUUCGUGGUCAUGGAGAAGCUCCACGGAGACAUGCUGGAGAUGAUCCUGUCCAGUGAGAAAGGACGACUGCCCGAGAGGAUCACCAAGUUCCUGGUCACACAGAUCCUGGUGGCUCUGCGUCAUCUUCACUUUAAAAACAUCGUCCACUGUGACCUGAAACCGGAAAACGUCCUGCUGGCAUCUGCAGACUCGUUUCCACAGGUGAAGCUGUGCGACUUUGGUUUCGCUCGGAUCAUCGGUGAGAAGUCGUUCAGGCGUUCGGUGGUCGGCACGCCGGCCUAUCUCGCUCCCGAAGUCCUGAGGAACAAAGGCUACAACCGCUCACUGGACAUGUGGUCGGUCGGGGUCAUCAUCUACGUCAGUCUCAGCGGGACGUUUCCUUUCAAUGAAGACGAAGACAUCAACGAUCAGAUCCAGAACGCUGCCUUCAUGUACCCUCCUCAUCCCUGGAAGAAAGUCUCCAAUGAAGCGAUUGACCUGAUGAACAACCUGCUGCAGGUGAAGAUGAGGAAGAGAUACAGCGUGGACAAAACCCUCAGUCACCCGUGGUUACAGGACUACCAGAUGUGGUUGGACCUGAGGAACCUGGAGACCCGGAUGAACGAGCGCUACAUCACCCACGAGAGUGACGACCUGCGCUGGCACCACCACGCCCAGCUCAGCGGGCUCGACUACCCCCCGGUGGUGGGCAACGGUCCCCGUGGCGACGGCCUACAGGGGCUGGAACGUUACCAGGAGCAGGAUGAGGAGCUUGAGACCCUGAGUGAGAGGGUCAGUGAACUCUGAGGACCAGGUCACGUAUACACAGACCAGAAACAAGAUCUGUGACAAAAUGAGUGAACGCACAACUUUAUCAGAGAUGAGGAGACUUUUUAAACAUCAGUCGCUCCAAAACUAUGAGAGCUAUUUUGCUAAACAGGGUCAUUUUUGAAGGAGAUAGGCAUCGUGUCCACAAAUUAUUCCAGUCAGAAAAGCGCUGGCUGUGCGCUCUGGAGCGCUUGCAUUGAGCGUUUGUGUGUGUAGAAUAAAAGCGCUGCAUGUCCGUCCUGUCUCUAUGACAACAGUCUGUUGAAAAUGCUGCCGCUGUAUGACCGACACUGCUCCGUUACUUUUUUAUUUAAGAUCGUUUAUUUCCCGAUCAGACACGGAGCGAGGAGGAUGUGGGUACAAGAUUCCAUCUGUAGGCGGCAAAAAUACGGGGAAUACUAUACAUUUGGAAAAGAGCGGCGGUGACGCCAACAGCGUCUUUCUGAAAAGUUUAAAUGUUUUCAACUUGAGCAGCACUUUUUUCUCCAGGCGGCCGCUUUCUUCUGUGACACACUCUACUCUUUGAAACAAUUGAAAAAAGACGCUGGUGCUCAGAAAAAAACACUAAGUGGACACGGGGCCUUAGGGGAUUUAAGCUGUAAGUCCCGCCCCUUUUAUAUGAAAGCACAUUGCAUUCACAAAGGCAAAGAAUUAAAAAUUACACAAGUGAAGCCAAAAGUAGUGAUGGACAACGCGACCAAAAUCUUCCAUCAAUGUGUUGAUUAUUAUUUUUUGAAACAUUUUUAGUGUUUGGUGUUUGCAAUGUGCUUCCAUAUUCUCAGCCAUGACGCAGUUAUUUUUCACACAGUGUCCUAGCAGCACGCAAGUGUUUGAUAUCGCAUCAAUAUUUCAUUCUCUGCUCUGUGAAUUUCAGUUUCCCCUUUCAAACAUUAUAAUAUGUGGUGCUUUUAUUUUGAAGGUUAACAAACUGAAGUGUGGUGUUUUGUAAUGACGAGCUGUUGACUUAAAUCACACCACUCGUCAAUAAACGGCUCGCGGUGAGAGGAGCAAAGUUUUUCUCCCGUGUGAACACGAGUCAAAGGUCAACAUGUCAGUCAUGGAUGUGGAUUUUAUUAAUGCACCGUUAGCUCUAGCCGUUAAAACUAGCUAACAAGCUCUGAUAGUGAGAAGAGCCCCUUCCUUCCUCAUUCCUCGUCUGUCUAUGCGAUCAAAGAGAGGAAAAUAGAAACACCGUGCGCUGCUCGCUGGCCGUAACG